CGCUGGUUUUCCCUCUUCGGUUGCCAAAACCCUUCUCGCCUCGCUUCCUCUCUCUUUGUCCGCUAAGGAGUUUCACUUUCUGUCUCUUUUUCCGAGAAUUAGGUUAGGGUUAGGGUUUCGCGAGCUCGAGGGGGGGCGAGAUGGUGGCGGACAACGGGAAGAAGUCGAAGGUAGCGGAGAGAGGGGAGGAGGAUUCCGAUCAUAUUGAUGGAGAGCUCGUGCUGUCCAUCGAGAAACUGCAGGAGAUUCAAGAUGAGCUCGAGAAGGUUAAUGAGGAAGCAAGUGAUAAAGUUUUGGAGGUGGAACAGAAAUAUAAUGAGAUUCGAAGACCUGUCUACAUUAAACGGAAUGAGAUCAUCCAAUCCAUUCCAGACUUUUGGUUAACUGCGUUCCUGAGUCAUCCUGCUCUUAGCGAUCUUCUGACAGAGGAAGACCAAAAGAUUUUCAAGUAUUUGGUUUCACUAGAUGUUGAAGAUUGUCAGGAUUUAAAGUCAGGCUACUCCAUUAUAUUUAACUUCUCUCCUAACCCAUAUUUUGAAGACACAAAGCUUGUGAAGACUUAUUCCUUCACUGAGGAAGGAGUGGCUAAUAUAACUGGUACGACUAUCAAGUGGAAGGAGGGUAUGGAGAUUGCCAAUGGUAAUGGUCAUGAGAAGAAGGGAGGCAAGCGACCUUUUACUGAGGAAAGUUUCUUUAGUUGGUUUGGUGAAACUCAACAGAAAAAUUUCUCAGAUGGUGUAACAGAUGAGGUGGCAGAGAUAAUCAAGGAAGAUUUAUGGCCCAACCCUUUGAAGUAUUUUAAUAAUGAGGCUGAUGAAGAGGACUUUGAUGGAGAUGAAGAUGAUGAAGAGCAUUUUCCUAUUUGCACACGCUAAUAAACUCUGCCCGACCAAUUAUGCUGUUUUUUGUCAGAAGGGAUCUGAAGAUGAUGAGGAUGGUGAGCAAGAUGAUGACGAAGAGGACGAUGAUGAGGAUGAUAGUUAGUCUCUUCUCGCAGCUUCUUUCGUUUGGGCUUCCACAACUUGGCUGUGGCGAGUGCCACUGCCAGGCAUGCUCAUCUUCUAUGGAAGGUCUUGAUUUUGAGGGGGGCGGCUUCUAAUCUUGCUUCAAGCUCCGUAGCUGUCAAUUUUUUUGUACUUUGUCUUUCAUGACCCUUGCUUAUAGCUGGUGGCCUGUCUAAAGCUAGAAAUUUAUUUAUCAUUAUGGGCGUGUCAAAUGUUUGUCCUUGGACUUGAAGAAUCUCGGCAUGCUGUGUUCUUCAGGAUCUAGGAGUUUGUAUGGAGAACCGGUGCAUCAUUUUUUUAAAACUUCUUUAGUUAUAUAAAUAUAUUACAUCAAUUUCAUGUGGUA